GAGAGAAUUGUUAUGAUGAGAUCAAAAUAAUUCGCUUUUGGCGUAUUUGACUUGAGUCUCUUGCAAAUCGUUCAGAAACAAUUUGAUAAUGAACAGAGUAUGUAACUCUGCUCUCGUUUAGUAUUUGAGGUUUGAAAUUAGUUGACGAAGACUUCUUGGUGGAUGAUAUUUUAACAUAAAGAAAUUGAGAAUCUUCGACCAUGUUUUUCACAUCGGGUAUUACUGAUUUGACACUUGACGAUAGGUUUACGCUUAUGGGCAAUGUCAGUAGACCAGCCAGAGGGUCGGGCUUUAGAGGCAGAGCAAGGGGGCGCGCCGGAGUGACUCGUCAGUCAACAAUUCGAAGUAUGGACUUAAUGGCGCAAAUGGAGAGCAGGCCGUCAGUACGAGCGGCCCUUAGGCUGAGAAGAAUACCAUUGAAGCCUGCUAUAAAACAGAGACUGACUUUAAAAAGAGGAGUUAAUAAUAAUAGAAGAAAUUUUCGUAGAAGUAACAGUAUUGGGAGUGUGUACACAGUACCUCUGAAAUCAGAGCCACAAAACAAUUUUAGGACUUUACGACGUUCAUCAUCAAUGAACUCAUUGAAUUCUUUUGCUUCUACUAAUGGAAGGAGUCGGAGUAUGAAUAGAUCAACUUCUAGAAGUAGAUCUAGAUCUCGUUCACAGAAUAGGAAUCUACCACAAAAUAGGUUUCCAACUAGAAGUAGAUCUCAGAUUAGAUCACAACCUUCGGUCCGAUCCAGGCCGCGGCAAAGGAAUCCACGCGGACAGAUUACUAAGGUUUUUAGAAGAAAUUCUAUUGCAUCUGUGUCUGAUGUCGUCAGACAAGAACUUCCUGGGUUUGGUAGAGGUCGCCCUUUCAAUCGAUCACGUGGUGGUGCACGAAGAACAAACUUUGGCGCCCCAGGCAGAAUAAUACGAAACAGAAGGAAUAGUAAUGCCCAAAUAAAUGGCCAAAGUCAAGGGCAGUCAACACGCAGACGCGGAACGACAGCAGGUAGAGCUCGUGGAGGUAAUAGAGGUCGAGGACGUGGAGGAAAUAAGUCUGGUGCCGUUACAAUUAAAAAGGAACAGUUGGAUGCUGAACUAGACACUUAUAUGUUGGGAUCAAAAUCUCAAUUAGACCAAGAACUUGAAAAGUACAUGAGCAACACGUCCAUGGAUUUCAAUUAGAUUAUGCAUUACAUAAUAUGAACUAUGUGUAUAUAAUUAAUGCAUAAAGUAUGCAUUUGUUUUCAAAUAUGAUGAAUUGAUUCU